AUGAAUAAACUUUAUAAAUUAAGAUUUGUAAGAGUGAGUUAAAGAGGAGCAUCCAAGGGUGAUUAAGCUGAGCAGCAGUAUAGAGAAAUACAGACGUAGCUGUUGCUCGAGCAAAAUAAAAAGGAACUUCUUGAUAGUUUUUUUACAAUUAAGAAACUCCAAGAGAGAGUUCAUCGUUUGGAACUUGAAAAUAAAUCGCUUAAAGAUGAACGCGAUGAAAUAAAGAACCAUUUUGAUGAAAAGAAAGAUAAAUAUGAAGAUAUGAUUGAUUUGUAACGUACUGAAAUCGAUCAACUCAAAAACGAUAAAUAAAAGGCUGAAUACGAAUAUGAAAAAGCUAAGAAGGAUUUAGAAGAAUUAAAAGAGGAAACAGAAAGCAUCCUAGAAGAACUAAAAAAGGAUUUUGAAAGAGAGAAAUCUGACUUAAAUGAUAAAAUUUUAAAGCUAGAAACAAGACUAGAAACUGUUGAUAUAUUUAUUAAGAAUAAAGCUGACUUAGAAAACGAAAGAAAGAAUUUAAAGGAAUAGCUUGAAUUUGAGAAGAAAGAAAAGCUUAGGGAGUUAGCAGAUAAAGAUCGUGAAAAAGUACAAGCUACAGAUAAGUUGAAGAAAGAUAUGUUACAUAAAAUUUAAGAAACAAAGACAAGUUUAUUAGCUUUGAAAAAAGAAUAAUUGCAGACUACUACAAGACUUACUGUUUUAUAAAAUCAUUAGCUCACCACUGAAUUAGAAUAUUAAUCUAAGCAAACUGAGAAACUUUUAUUUAAAAAUUCAAAACUUUAAGAACAAAUCUCAGCUUUAAAACGUGAUGUUGAAAUACAUAAAUAGGUUGAGUAGGAGUUAGCCAAAAGAUCUCAUUUUUGCUAAAAAUUAAUUAAAAAGCUCAGUUAACGCAUAAAAGAAUUGGAAGAUGAAGCUGAAUCAAAUAAAAAAGAAAAAGAUGAAGAGCGUCCACCUGAAAUUUCUAAGACACAUGAAGCUGAAGACCGCAAAAAAGAUGAAAUAAUAAAUUCACUAGAAAGACACUUAAAAACUGUUGAAAAGAAACUGGCAAAAGUUUAAAAUGACUGUGAUAUUUUAAAAAAUGAGAAUUAUUAUCUACAAACAAAGAUAGAGACAAGUGAUUAGAAAUAUGGAAAUUUAGCUGCAGUUAUUGCAACAAACUUAGAAAAUUUAAAAAAUAACUAGCAAAGCGUUUAUGAAGAUAUUCUAGAAUAGGAACCUGAAUUGAAUAUUACAUUGGAUUUAAAUGAAAUAAGGCAUAAAUAAGUUCAUGAAUGGAAUCUAAAAGAAAAAGAAGGAGUUUUAAAUCUCCUUCUAGCUUAAAUAAGACCUCUUAUGUCUAAAAAGAACUUGAUGCAAUCAAUUAACACAUCUAUAGCAAAUUAAUCUAUUAAUGUUAAUAUAAUUGACGAUUUACAAUAAAUGUAAUAAUAGAAUAAUGCAAAUUAAGUUUCACUUCCAAGAAUAAAUAAUUCAGUAGAUUAAAAAGAAGGCUCAAUUGAAAAUAGUAUUUCUGCAGGCGGUGGAGCAAAUUAGAUUAAUAACUCAACAAAUGGAGGUUCUAAGAAAUUUUAAGAUGUACCUUUAGAUAUUAGCACAAAAAUAGUUAAAAGCCCUUUAAGAGAUUGGGGUAAACCAGCAACCACACUUCCUUCUUCAAAUAAUAAAAAUAAGAAUAGAAGGUUUAAAGUAUCUUGA